AAGCUCAGUGCUGUUCAUGUUAAAACAUUAAAAAUGUCAGAAGACGUCCUCUGCCUCAAAUACAGUCCUAACGAUAAGUUCCUUGCUCUGUCGUUACUGGAUUCAACUGUGAAGCUGUUCUUUGCUGAUUCACUAAAAUUUUAUCUCUCCUUAUAUGGUCAUAAACUACCUGUACUUGGAAUGGACAUAUCAAGUGACAGUAGUCUACUGGUGACUGGUUCUGCUGAUAAGAAUAUUCGUAUUUGGGGAACUGAUUUUGGUGACUGUCACAAGUCAAUAUUUGGGCACACUGACAGUAUCAUGGACGUGAAGUUUGUUCCUGGUACUCACUUGUGUUUCUCCAUCAGUAAGGACAGGACACUGAAACAAUGGGACUGUGACAACUUUGAACUGAUACAAACACUUAAAGGCCAUCAGUCUGAGAUAUGGUCACUAGUUGUAUCUAAUGAUGGAAACACUGCAGUGACUGGGUCACAUGACCUCUCUAUUAGGACGUGGGGCUGCACUCAAGAGCCACUAGUGCUGUCAGAAGAAAAGGAAAAUGAAAGAGAAAUGGAAUUUGAGAAGUCACUAACAGAAGGAGCAACUGAACCAGUGGUGCCAGGGGAGAAGGGGAAAGGAGAAGUGGAACUGGCCAGUAGGAGGACAGCAGGGACUAUUGGAUCAGCGGAGCGACUGAUGGAAGGGCUGGAGUUAUGGAGAGAAGAAGAACUGAAAAUGAAAGAAUAUAAUGAAGAAUGUAAUAUAACAGGAACAAAAUUGGCUCCUCCUCCUCCAAACCCAAUUUUAAAAGUUCUUGGGAACCAAAUGCCUGAUGAAUAUGUUCUUAAUAUUUUAAAGCAAAUACGUUCAAGCGACCUUGAGGGGUCCCUCCUGUUGCUGCCAUUCAAUGAAGUUAUUGAUUUACUUAAAGUGAGUGUGAUCUGGUCUCAGAAGCAACUGGAGGUGGAGCUGGUGGGACGAACUGUUCUCUUCCUUUUAAGAGUACAUCAUAACCAGAUCAGCACUUCUAAGCUCCUCCUACCAGUGAUUGAUUCAUUGCGUGUUCACAUUACAGCCAGUAUUGAUACACUGAGAGAUGUGUAUGGUUACAAUCUCUACAGCAUGAGACAGCUUCAUAGAGAUAUUGCAGUGACCAGCAGUACUGGCAAUACAUUCACUGAUGUAUCCAUUGAUAGUAAGAAUAAGAGAAAGAAAAGAUCAAGACUGCAACAAUAAUUUUAAUAAUAAUUAAUUUUAACUGUAAUU